AAAUGCAUGACCCGCGGUAUCGUCGAGGCACAGUUGAUCAGUUGGAUACAGUGUUGCUUAUAUAGUCGCCUACGAGCGGGAUCAAGUAGAGGACUUUUAAUUAAGAUAAGACGAUUGUUACGCGCGAAGGGAUCGAAGGGACGUGUGUCGUGAUAAGGCAUAGCAGAUCGAGUCAGUGAACGUGAGAGAUCGCAGAUCUUACGAUGGGUGUGCCGAAAUUCUUCAGAUACAUAAGCGAGAGGUAUCCCUGCCUCAGCGAGGUCAUAAAGGAACAUCAGAUACCGGAAUUCGAUUAUUUAUAUUUGGACAUGAAUGGCAUCAUACACACGUGUUCCCAUCCAAACGACAACGACGUCUGCUUCCGCAUCUCCGAGGAGACUAUUUUCAAGAAUAUAUUUCACUAUGUAGAGGUGUUGUUCAACAUGAUACGUCCACAAAAGCUGUUCUUCAUGGCGAUAGACGGCGUGGCACCUCGAGCUAAGAUUAAUCAACAGAGAGGUCGGCGAUUUCGGUCCGCCAAGGAUGCCGAGCUGCAGGAGGCAAAGGCCCGCGAUAAGGGUAUCCCGAUACCCAGCGAGAAGCGGUUUGAUUCGAACUGCAUAACUCCGGGAACGCUGUUCAUGGCUAAAUUAAGUGAGCAGCUAAAACGCUUCAUUGAACAUAAGAUUUCUAUGGAUGAGGCUUGGAAAAAAUGUAAAGUACUGUUCAGUGGAUCUGAGGUUCCUGGAGAGGGAGAACACAAAAUCAUGGAUUACAUAAGAUACAUGAAAGUGAGCGAUGAUUAUGACUGUGGCUCCAGGCACUGCUUAUAUGGCCUGGACGCUGAUUUGAUAAUGUUAGGCCUCUGUUCGCACGAGCCCAAUUUUUCCCUCCUGAGAGAAGAAGUGAAGUUUGGUAAACAGCAAGUGAAAAUGACACCUGAAGAGACAAAGUUUUGUUUGCUUCAUCUGUCACUCUUGCGAGAGUACAUAGAGCAUGAGUUCUCGCCACUUAAAGACAAGCUGUCCUUUCCAUUUGACAUUGAGAAAAUAAUCGACGAUUGGGUAUUAAUGGGUUUCCUAGUGGGGAACGACUUUAUUCCCCAUUUGCCAAAUUUACAUAUUGCCAAUGGCGCGUUACCAAUCCUGUAUCACGCGUACAUGGAGGUAUUACCGACGCUAGAAGGUUAUAUAAAUGAGGCCGGAACGUUAAAACUGGACCGUUUCGAGAAGUUUAUGGAGAAGCUGAGCCGUUUAGACGUAGAGCAGUUCAAUGAAUAUUAUACUGAUUUAAAAUUUUUUGAAAGUAAAACAGGUAGAAGACCCAACGAAUCCGAGCGUCAUGUAUAUAAGAAAUCGGAAGAAGACGAGAUUGCAUCUCCGAAGAAGACACAAAAUAAGGAUUUAGACGCUCUAAUUGAAAUGACACAGAUGUCCUUAGGUCUUUCCGAUGAGGAUGACGAUGACAUAAUAGAUACAAUAGAUAUGAUGGACGACGAAUCGGAUAGUGAUAUAUAUAACAUGGAAUUUGUACAACACAAGAAGGAUUAUUACAUGAAUAAGCUAGAGUACGAAAACGUCGAUGCAGAAGUUCUACGAUCGCAAGCUGAGGGCUACGUAAGAGCGAUACAGUGGAAUCUGCAUUAUUAUUAUCAUGGAUGUUGCAGCUGGUCGUGGUAUUAUCCACAUCAUUACGCCCCAUACAUUUCGGAUAUAAGAGACUUCAAAGAUUUGAAAUUAGAAUUCGAUUUGGGAGAACCUUUCUUACCCUUUCAACAAUUGUUGGCCGUGUUGCCAGCAUAUAGCAAGGACCUGUUACCGCCAGCAUUUCAGCAUUUAUUGACGGAAGAAUCUUCUCCUAUCAUCAAUUAUUAUCCGCAUAAUUUUAAAACCGACUUAAACGGCAAACGACAGGAAUGGGAAGCAGUUGUACUCAUUCCGUUCAUUGAUGAAAAGCUGUUAUUGGCUGCUAUGCAACCACACUUGUCGAAGUUGAUAGAUGAGGAGCACACAAGAAACAAGCAGGGACCGAUGUGCUUGUACUCGUAUACCGACGAGAUACGAAGUAUUUACAAGGAUACAAAAUAUUUUCCUGAAUUUAUCAGUCAUGCUCAAGUGACACAGAUGAACCGCAAUGAUAUUUUCGUACCGAAGGAACGAUUGGUCCAAGGCUUGGCUCAGGAUUUCGAUCUCGACGUUUAUUAUCCAGGAUUCCCCUUGUUACGGCACCUGCCUCAUAAAGCAUCCUUAGAAAAAGCAAAAGUAAAAGUAUUCCAGCAACCAUCACUGGGAGAAAAUAUGAUUCUAUACAUAAUGUUAGAGGCACCGCCAAGUCUGCCGACUUUGGCAGCGGAGUUAUUAGGGAAGAGCGUAUAUGUGGAGUGGCCCCAUUUGAAAGAGGCCCUUGUAUGUGCUGUGGCUAGCAGAAGCGCAAAAUUCAGUUUGAUUGACCCGUUAGCCGGUUACAAUCAUGACAAUGUGACGAAGGAGGAGUUAAAAAAUGCGUCGGUCGAUGAAUGGAAUGGACAGAACAAGCUCGUCAAAGAAACACACAUGACACGUCUUGGGAUUGCUAUAGGUGAUACAGAGGUGUUGGUUUACGCCCGCUUAUUCACGGGCUACAAGUACGUUUUUGGUCCUCAAGGAAAAGUGGCAAUCGAAAAACAGUGGCAGGAUUUACUCACAUUUCACGCUUAUCAGACUGUAGUUAGAGAUCUUUCUGUCUCCAACAAGAAAAUACCAAUUUACAAAACCAUGCAUGACAUUUUUGUACCAGGGAUCAUUUGUUUCAUGCUGGGACAUCCAUGUUACGGUGCAAUGGGAGAGGUUCUGCAAAACAUCGACAAUCCAAGGCCACGCAGAAUCAAAAUUUCUAUACAAGUUACAAAGGAGCCAACGUUCGAGAGCAUUAAAAAAGCGUACACACAACAAAAGACGCGAUAUAUGUACGGCGGUAUUGCUGCGCAACGUCUUGGAAUAAGCAGUCAUCUUUUGAGCAGAAUUACUGGGACGAUUUAUGUAAUAGAGGCAUCACAGGAGGAACUUGCCAAGCAUAACAUUGGAUUGAACUUGAAGUUUAAUAAAAAGAACGAAGAGGUACCUGGUUAUACUAGAAAGGAAAAUGGUCAAUGGCUGUAUAGUACAAAAGCGGUCGAUUUGAUUCGCAAUUACAUGAUGAAGUGUCCUGACUUGUUUGAACGUUUGGCUCAAAAUGUAACGAAUGAUAUCUUCCAAGAGCAGGACCUAUUCAAAGGGUCGGACCAGCUCAAAGAUACAGUUGCGUGGCUGAAGGCGGAACUACACGGUAUAGGAAGCCGUGCUUGUGGCAUGGACGUUAUUGAGACAGAACUGGUGCAACAGAUCGAACAAGAAGUAGAGGAAUAUCUGAAAACCGAGAAUAACUCGAAAACGGUCUUUAUACAAGUAAAGCCACAUCUGCUUUUCAAGCCGGAAUUGAACACGCGUCAUGUGCCACCUGAUCCAUGUGUCCAGAAUCGUUUGUUCGAUCGAAUCCGCACCAUCAGAAUCGGCUUUAGUGUGCCAAUCGGUGCGAAAGGGACAAUUGUAGGAAUACGAAAGGCGAAAAUUCCGACAGAUGUCGUGUACGAGGUCCUCUUCGACAAGCCUUUCAUAGGUGGCCUCACUUUACAAGGUUGCUCUCAAUUCCGUGGCUAUCACCUGGCGCCCACAGAUUUCGUUAAUAUUAGUUUCGGCGAAAGAACGGAGCGAGGAAAUCCAGCGAACGAAUCGGUGGAACUCCGAAAGCAGACGGCGAACGCGAACACAUCGCCAAGCAAGAAGAGCGAUCAGUUGCCGAAGGCCGUCCUGGAGAUGCAAGUCGCUAAGAAAGAACUUGAGAAAUUGAUGAGUCGAGACAGUCAUCUGGCACAGCGCGGCAUGAUAGAAACAAAUCCGAAAAUGGUACCGCACAAAGCAAUGGUGCCGCAGAGAGCGUUGCACCAACUCGAGUGCGCGCCGCCUAAUAACGAAAUACCUAAUGAGAAUGAAGUGUCAUGUCAAGAGUUUCAGGAUCUAUGGAAUGAAUUGCACAAGCAAGUUGUGCUAGUACCGUACAAGAAACCGGACAGACCUCCGGCAAGAGUAACGCCAAGUCCAAUGAUGACACCGGACAAGCAGCCGAUGAAGCCGACUGGCAACAGUCACAACGUACAAUCGCCGCAAGAUCCCAGCGCAUUUUUGAAAGCUGUAUUAAAAAUCCCCGAUGUAAACGCGCAGACAAGCAAGCAACCGAGCAAGCAGUCUACGUCGCAACCCCCGGCAGUGCACCAGAAGGUGAUGGUCGCGAGAAAAGAUCAACCGUCGGAUGCUCCACCUUUGGUGCAACAGAUGUUCGAUCAUGCACGCCGACGAACAGAAGAAAAAAAGGAAAAGGGAAAUCCAAUCUGGUAUAGCUCGCAGUUGAUGAAACACUUUGCGUACAACAGCGUACCAAAGUAUAAUUAUCUUGUUGACGAGAAAAACGGUCUAAUCAGCGCUCAAAUUAUACUAGACAAUGCGAGAGUUUUUAAGGGUGAUCCCUGUACUAGUCACGAACAAGCUGCAGAAAGUGCUGCGAAAAAAGCAUACAAGGCUUUAAAUUUGGAUAAGGCGCAUAGUGCGAAGAUGAUGAUGGUGCCUCGGCCGCAAUGGUACAACAAUCAGCAAAAUAAUUGGGUCCAAAAUAUAGGGCCUCCUAUGAUAGCGAUAUGUCCUCCAAAAAUAACACCAAUCCCACAAACUCCGCCUAUGCAGCCUAACUUAUUCUAUCCAAAAUGGAACCAGAAACUGCCACCAAAUCCAGCGUUUGGGCAAGCCGCAUCGUACAGCCAAGGCAGGCAACAGCAAGGGAGGCCAAGGAAUCCGCAAAACGAACCGAAGAUAGAGGUCAGGAAUACCACUGCGUUCGUUCCAUUGCAGGCUCAGAAAAAGAGUAGACACGCCAGCGCGAAGCAGGCAUCGACAGAAGCGAAUGUAAAUGCUAAGAAGAUUAUUACCCCUAAAACACAACAGCAACAAAAAAGAGAAGAAACGCCACUCGAGCAUCAGAAGCCAGCGGUUGUAAAUACGAUGAGGGAAAAGGCAGUGAGCACGUCAGCACAGCAACAACUGUCGCAGCAACCCCAGCAGAAUACGGGAAAAACGUCCAAGCCCAGGAAAUCGCGCGUUGCCGCGAAAUUCGGCGCGCCAGCUCUGUCGAAUGGCAGCGAAACAUCGCAGUGAGAACUUUCCUUUAACUUCAAAGGUGAAAUAAACCUUUGCAUAUUGCACGUGUAAAUAUAAUUAUAUCAAUCCAUCCUAUAUCUUCGCGUUCGUUUUUUACAUUUUGUAAUAAAACUAACUGAAUGUCCCUGAAGAUAUUUGCGACAGGCCAGAACGUUUCGUCUUAUUUCAGAAACUUUAUAUCAACGCACUAAACAUUCGUACUUACGACUGUAUAUCUGUAUGCACAUCCGAAUACUGAGUAUCGAUUUCAUGAGUCCUUCGAACGAAAUGUACAUACACGCACCGCACUUAUUAUACGUAACGUAACACGUAAACGAUGAAGAAGAUGAAAGAAAAAAUGAGAAUGACUAAUGAACUGCUUUUAUUUUGUAUCAUUUAUAUUUCAUGAUUGGCAUUCCAUUUGUAUUUCGAUCUAGUAAUUAUUUUUUUUAUUUUGCGAUGUAUCAUUAUGACUAGAGUUACUAUAAUAUUAAUUAUAGUAACUCUAAUUAUAAUAAAUUGCCACUGGAUUAUUUCGUAUUUAUGGAAGAAUCAGAGAUUAUUUAUUAGAAACAUAUUUUUAGAUGAUUAUCUCCAUUACAAAUUUAUAUAUGUUCGAUGAUUUGCAUAGAAGAUUAAUAUGAGAAUUAUAAAAAGACUUUGAUAAUGAUGUUUAAAUUUUUUCUUGAUUUAAUGCUUUCUUUUUUUUUCUAAAUUUGUAAAUCGUGUGGACAAAUGUCAGUUUUGUACUACUUUUAGCUAAUCCUUUUCAUGUGACAUUUCAUUCUUUAUUGAAACAUUGCAGAACUGUACAAGUACAUUUAUUUUAUUGUUUAAUGAUGUGAAUGCGUUUUCUUGGUAAAAAGAAAAGUAGCGAUUUUUAUUGUAGCAUGCGGUUUACAUAUGCGUAUCAAUGCAGACCAAUGUUAAGACUUGAAAAAGGUGAUAUAUGGAUUAAGUGUAUAACUAGAGAUAUAUAAUCUAUAUUCAAUGAUCUUUUCUGUGUUUGUCUUUUCUGUAGUACAAGCAACAAAAAAAAUCAAAAUUAAACAGCAUAAACUCCAACAGGAUAUUUCAGCUUUAUUGUACAAUGGAGGUAAUGUACAAUACUGUACAAUAAAAUAAAAUAUAAUGAUUGUAUACU